AUGUCCUAUCUCCAACCCCUCCCCCGCCUCUGCGGAGCAACCGCAGCAACAUUACACCAAUUUCGCUCUACCCAAGCACCAUUUCUAGGAUUAUCCCUCUUCAAAAGACCUUACUCCUCUUCCACAAGCACGAAUGACAAAACACAAAACCAACAACAACGACAACCCCGAUUCAAACCUUCCGAUCGCCUCUCGGGCCGCACAUGCAUGAUAACCGGUGCGACAUCGGGAAUCGGACAUGCAAUCGCAGAUCGGUUUCUACAAGAGGGCGCAGAGAGAAUUAUACUCGUUGGUCGAUCACAACAGAGGCUUGUGGAUGCUGCUGCGCGAUUAGGGGAGUCUCCGGAGGGAGUUGUGACUGGGAAUGGGAGUGAUGAGAUACUAGCAACCAGGGCACCGGAGGAUGAUCAACAAGAGUCUAUGGGGAUAGGGCUGUCGGAGGGCCGGAAGGUAAGCUUUUUUGUCGGGGAUGUGUCCGAGUCUGGGUCAUGGGUGCGAGAGUUGGAGGAAAGCAUGAAAGACGUCGAUAUCCUUAUCAACUCCGCAGGAAUAUCUACGACGAAUAUACUCGCUAGAACCGAUCCACAUGUCAUAACCCAAACUCUCCGUACAAACCUCGAAGGUGCGAUCCUUACUUCUCGCGCCUUGCUCCGCGCCGCAAUCCGUAGUCGUUCCAAGAACCGCGGCUUCACCACAGAAAUACCUUCAAAGUGCAUAAUAAACAUCUCCUCCCUACUAGCGCACAAAGGUGGAACUGGUGCGGUGCCAUAUGCUGCAUCCAAAGCCGGUGUACUUGGUCUAACCCGUUCGCUCGCGGUUGAGGCGGCGAGCUCCUUGCGGGGUGUGGCUAUCCGGUCGAAUGCCAUUGUCCCGGGGUAUAUUAACACUCCAAUGAUUGCUAAUUUCCGUGAGAGUGAAAAAACUCGUCUUCAGGAUGAGAUCCCGCUUGGUCGAUUCGGUGACCCGUAUGAAAUCGCAGACGCCGCUGUCUUUCUGGCGCAGAAUGAGUACGCUAAUAACUGCAUUCUUAACAUUGAUGGCGGGUUGAGUGCUGUUUAA